UCCAUAGGUGCCCACGCGACGCCCGUAAGCUUCCUCGCUGCAACAUCGAACUCAUCAAAUUCACUUCCCCACACGCACACACACAAACAGAAGGAGGCGCAUGUGUAUGGAGAUUACUGCCAUAUCUCUGCUACUCACCAUCAUCGUCCUCUCCACUUGCUUCGUCUUCCUCUCUUAUCCCUCCAUGAAAAAGCGACGAAACCCUCAAGAACUCACUGCUAAACUCCCUCCUGGCUCAAUGGGCUGGCCUUACGUUGGAGAAACCCUUCAACUCUACUCUGAAGAUCCCAAUCGCUUCUUCGCUUCCAAGCAGAAAAGAUAUGGAGAGAUCUUCAAAACGCACAUUCUAGGGUGUCCCUGUGUGAUGCUGGCAAGUCCUGAGGCUGCGAGGUUCGUGCUGGUGACUCACGCGAACCUGUUCAAACCCACAUAUCCCAGAAGCAAAGAGAGACUGAUCGGUCCUUCUGCAUUGUUCUUUCACCAAGGAGAGUACCAUUCUCGUCUCAGGAGGCUCGUCCAAGCUUCUCUUUCCCCAGAAGCUAUCAGAAAACUCGUCCCAGAUAGCGAAUCCACCGCCAUUUCUGCUCUCCACUCCUGGGCUUCUCGUCCACAAGUCAUCAUCAUCUUCCACGAAAUGAAAAAGUUCUCUUUCAACAUCGGUAUCCUGUCUGUGUUUGGUCACUUGGAUAGCAAUUAUAGAGAUCAGCUCAAAGAGAACUAUGCCAUUGUUGACAAAGGUUACAAUUCCUUCCCAACCAGCAUCCCUGGAACUGCUUACUCCAAGGCUCUCCUGGCAAGGAAGAGAAUAAAUGAGAUCAUUAGCGAGAUAAUUGGCAAGAGGAAAGAGCAGAGGGUGAUGGAGAACGAUCUUUUGGGGCAUAUGUUGAAGUACAAGGACGAAAAGAGCCAAGCUCUUAGUGAUGAUCAGAUUGCUGAUAACGUGAUCGGAGUCCUAUUUGCUGCUCAGGACACAACAGCCAGUGUCCUCACAUGGAUCCUCAAGUAUCUUCACGAUGACCAGAAGCUUCUUGAAGCUGUCAAGACAGAGCAAAUGGCAAUUUAUGAAGCCAACGAAGAAGGAAAGAAGCCCUUAACUUGGAGUCAGACGAGAAACAUGCCUGUUACUUAUAAAGUGAUACAGGAGAGCCUCAGGAUGGCUAGUAUCAUUUCCUUUACAUUCAGGGAAGCUGUAGAAGAUGUAGUGUACAAAGGAUAUUUGAUACCAAAGGGAUGGAAAGUUAUGCCUCUGUUCAGGAAUAUCCAUCAUAAUCCAAAAUUCUUCCCAACUCCUCAUAGUUUUGACCCUUCAAGAUUUGAGGUUCCUCCAAAGCCCAACACUUUUAUGCCAUUUGGAAAUGGUGUCCAUUCUUGUCCAGGAAAUGAGCUAGCCAAGUUGAAUAUGCUCAUUUUUAUCCACCAUUUGGUCACCAAAUUUAGGUGGGAACUGGUGGGAAAUGAGAAGGGGAUUCAGUACAGCCCAUUCCCAGUGCCUCUCCAUGGUCUUCCUGCAAGAUUUUGGAAGAAGUAAUUAUAUUUUAUUAUUUCCCUUUUCCUUCUUAUUAUUUAUUAACUACUAAUAUUUCCAUAAUCGCUCCUUAACCCUCCAAAAGCCUCUCUGUUUUUUUUUUCUCGAGUGAGGUUAAUUUAUAUGGCCUUUCCAUUUUUCUUUAAUUUCUCUAUAUAUGUAACAGCUUUGUACGUACCUAUUAAUUUGUAAUUGUAAGUGCUGAGAUAUUAAAAAUAUAUAUACACGUUUAAGGCAGGUGUUUAA